AUGUUAAUUCCAUAUGAAAAUGAUGCUACUUCUUUGGAUCAUUUGGUGGAUACUGUUUUUCAUAAUAUUUCUGAUUAUUCAACAAAUAUUUCAAACAUGAUGAAUCGAGCUAUAUUGACACCAAAAAAUAGUUAUGUUGAUGAAAUAAACACUUUGUUGAUUCAGAGAUUUCCUGGAGAGUUAAAACAGUAUUACAGUUUUGAUGAAACAAUCGACGCAUCUGAACAGGCAGUCAUGGAAGAUUUCUUACAUACUUUAACACCAAAUGGACUUCCUCCACAUGAAUUAUUGUUGAAACAAAACUGUCCAAUCAUGUUAUUGAGAAACAUCAAUCCUUCAGAAGGACUAUGCAAUGGAACACGACUAAUCUGUCGCAAUUUUGAUCGUAACGUUAUUCAUGCAGAAAUUGCAGUUGGUCAUCACAGUGGCAAAAAGGUUUUUAUUCCGAGAAUUCCAUUUUUACCAAAUCCUGAUGAAAACAGUGGUUUCCCAUUCAAACGAACUCAAUUCCCUGUUAAACUAAGCUUUGCAAUGAGUAUAAACAAGUCACAAGGACAGACAUUAGAUUUUGUUGGGAUAUACUUGCCACAUCCAGUUUUUUCACAUGGACAAUUAUAUGUAGCUUUAUCAAGAGCUAAGACUAUUUCUGCAAUCAAGAUUCUGAUACGACCAAUCUCAACUGAUGAACUAGAAAAAAACUGCACAAAAAAUAUUGUCUACACAGACUUAUUAACAUUGGCCUCCUCUGACUGA